AGGCAAGGGAGUAGACGAGUAGUAGUAGACAACCUAUUACCCACUGGAUCAUCUUCAUGGAAUCUACAGUCAAUUUUCGUUUUCUCUCUUCAAGUGAACCAACCCAUUUAAAUUUUCUUUUUUACAUUUGGUUUUCUCUAUGUAUUUUGGACAUGGUUUAUCUUUUCAUAUAAUUUGCAGGCAACUCCUCUUUGUUAGGUAAAAGUAAAGAAGAAUAUUGGCUUCUACUUGUAGUCGUGUUAAUGGAUUUGAAUGGAUAGUUACAUGACAAGGAAUUUUGGAUAAAUUUAUUCCCAACUUAUUCACCAUAAUUCUUGUAGAGAAUGAUAUUAUGCAUUUCAGUCAGUCUGUGUCUCAGUCAUCUUAUUUCAAUCAUAGAUGACGAAGCCAUCUCCAUUCAUGACUUGGUCAGUCCAGUCUGUGCCUAAUAAGAAGACAAAAAGGUUGCGUUGCGUGGAAAUCAAGUCCACCAAUCAAGAAAAAACCAGAGAUGAUUAGGUGGUAACAAGCUAGAAUGGUUGCUUUCCUAAUUGGCUGAUAAACAGUGAAGGAGAUUAGAGGGUUGAAGGUUAUCUCCAUCUGGAAGGAACAAAGGGCUCUGUGCCUGUGACUGUGGUUCCCGGCGGGAGAAAUCUGCAUGAAGGUCACCUUUGAAACAAUGGGGACUCGGCAGGUGGAUGUCCAUUACGUAAAUUCCGGCGUUACGGGCAUAGUAGAGAAUUUCGAAGGGUACUACCUUGAAAACAGCGGUCUCUCUCUCGAUGAGCUCUUCCAUCAGGAAACUGUGUAUCAGUCACUCCAAACAGAAAAUAAGGACAGAGCAAGUGCUUCUGCAAUUAAUAAUUCUGAGCCCCAUCAUGAUCAAGGUGCUGAGGAGGGAGAAUCCUCGCGUGUUGGGGUCAUUGAGUCACAAUUAGCUUUGGAUGAAGCUUUAGCUAGAACCUUGCAGGUGUUAGAGGACCACCAGCUUCUUGCUGCCUCCUUAGAUGAAACUACUGAAACAGAAACUGUCCAUAGAGAAGAAAAUCCCGUGGCAAACUCCACUGCACUGGCUUUGAGACAAGAUAAUGUGGACCCAGAUAACAUGGCAUAUGAGGAAUUACAAUCUCUAGGAGAAGCAAUUGGCACUGAGAGCAGAGGAUUAUCAGAAGAGCUUAUUGACUACUUGCCAUCAAUCAAAUACAAAACAGGUUGUUUUUUCUCAAGAAAAGACAAGCAUGAGCAGUGUGUGAUCUGUUAUAUGGAAUACAAAAACCGAGAAAAGUUGACGAUUUUGCCAUGCCAGCACCAAUAUCACUCAAAGUGCAUCACAGUGUGGUUGAAGCUCAAAAAAGCAUGUCCAGUCUGUGGUGAGGAGGUAUUUGGGUAGAGAACGAGGCAACUGCUUCUGUUAAUCCUUCCUAUGGAUUGGAUUUGGUUUUAAAAACUGGUAGGUGAUCCUUGUUAUUCAAAGUUAACUUCUAAGAAGACAUUGGCAAAAUGAUCUAUUAAGAUUACAUUAGUAGGUUGUUAGUUCAAAAGCUACUCUUAAAUGUUUUUUUUUGGGGGGUAAGAAGCUACUCUUAAUUCAGAUACACUAAUGUAAAUGAUUACGAGUACUUUGGGAAGGGUGUAGCUUGCUUCUGGAAUGGUCUAUACCCAAGUCUUAAAGUGGUUGAUGUGUAUAUCUAUGUAGGUUAUUGCCAUAAAUUAUUUUAAUUAUUUAUCGAUUGGUGAAGAAACAUUUUCCCUUUGCUGUAA